AUGACAUCGUGUGUGGUCAAACACCUCCUUCUGUGCUCAACACAACGCAAUGUCAUUACAGUAUACCCUCCAUUCCCGAGUACUUCACCUUACAACUAUAAUUCAAUACCUUAUAUAUGCUUACCUGAAUGUAACGGAGAGUACAACUAUUUUACCGUUCCAUCGCGAACGAUCGACACGCCCAUGUAUGGGGUAUCAUGGAUAUUCAAAUCAACUUCUGCACUGUUUUUGUCACGUCCUGAGAAUCCGUCGCCGGAGGAAACCGUCGCACUCUGCUUAUUAACACAAAGCCCUUAUUUACACGUGGUGGUCCAACGGUUCAAGCCACUUUGCGAGUUAUACUUCGCACAGAACACUUUCAUCAAUUUGGAACUGUUACAAGCUAUUUAUAAGGCGUUGAAUGACUCAUUUGAAAUGGGGGAUUACCACUUACCAGACCCAUGUUCCCUUGUCAACACAUGCGGCCAAAAUAUCGUCUCCCUCAUUAAAAUGAUUUUACUCAAUUCCAGAGUCUGUGUCAAUAACAUCAAUUCAGCCGAGGAAAACAGUCAUUGGGUUAUUACCAUUCUUUCAUUCAUCCCUGGCGCUCUAUUCCCAGCUCCUCUCAAUUUGAAAGAAAUCGGAUUCACUGCUCAACCAAAAAGGUCACUCUUACACUGCACACUCUCUGAAAUCGAUUUACUCACAAACGUACAAAUAUUCGCAGGAACUUCCGUGUUCUUCAGAGAAAUGUCUGAAAUUGAUUGUAUAGUAAGCGAGAAGGGGGUUUCUCUCAAUGGUGAGUACAAGAAGACUGCUGCACUUACAAAGGCGGACAAAAUUUUUACAACAGAACUUCUCAAUGCGUCAAAGUCGCUUAAUUACGAUUUAGUCGAAGAACUGGUGCUACGAUAUGUCAUUGGAGCUAUUAACGUAGGCAUACAGAGUAAAGGGAAAAUCUUCCCAAGUGGAGACGUGUCUGAUUAUGGAGCUGCUUUUCUCAAUGAGUUCAGAAAAACGCCAAUGUUUAAAAACUUCACAAACGACUCGAAAAUCAGUGGAGUCCACCCUUCGAAAGUCCCAAUAACGAAUGUGUCAUUUAAAGAGUAUAAAAAGACAAAAGACGUAAAUGUUAAGUGCUGUAGUGGAAUGGCAUUUCCACUAUAUUUCAAUUACUCUCAGAAAUAG